GAAGCUCCUCAAAAACCGCGUGCCAGUGAACUACCUGACCAGUCUUCAGCGUCAAUCUGAUCGGAGAAGGUCGUGACGAUGACGACCUUUUGGGCUAUAGCCGGUGCCCUAUGUCUGGCUGUUGGGUUGGCGCAAGCGGCCCCCACGGCCGAAGUGGCUCGAGACGUCGCGGACGGCGUCAAUCACAUUUCCGAGAAAUCUGAUCACCCGGCUCUGGUCGUAUCGACGGAGGUUGAUGCCGAAGUAGCCAUACCUGCACUCGUUGCCAGAAUUUCCACCAUCCUGACCGCUGCAACCCCUGCCGUAUACCAGGACGCUUCGAAAAACUCCAAUGAACUUUCGGAAAAUGUCGUCAAGCCAGUGACCCUGCUCCUGAACAGUGUCGGAGGAGGUGUGACCACCCUCGCGAAGGACAACGCGCGCCGCUUUUUCGUUCCGUCUUUCGUCAGGUUCAACUUCCGUCAAGAUGCGCUCCAGGAGCUGGACCGAAUCCGUCGGACUGAGCGUUUCUGGAACGAGACCGAAGAAUACGUCAAUAACGUCUGCAGCCGCUUGAAGAAAUUCAUUGAUAUCCAGCGGCGUAGGAGACCCCACGGAGUCAGCGCUCAAACGGCUAGCACGACUGCGGCUCCCUCACCAGCUUCGACCGUGACGACGACGGCGGCACCGGUCGAAGCUUCCCCGGCGUCAACUUCUUCCGUAGUGAAGUCUCAAGGACCUGCGGCAAUCGAACGCAGCGACCCCAAACUCUCGAUUCACGAGAACGUAGAGCCCAUUAAAAUUCCUCUCGACCACCUUCCUGACAAGAGCAAGACCGUGAAACCUCUGCAUCAUCCUCAGCAAUCGGUUCCCGCUCUGAAACCGCAACCCAUCGUUCAAGCUGCUCCCGAACCUGUCGGAGCAGCUUCGGAAUCUGUCGACGUCAUCGUGUCAGUCAACGGUAGCUCUCCGACGACGCCCACGGGGGUGUCUGUUGAGACAAGCUCGAUUCCGAGUAAAAUCGAACCCACACCGACCGAGAAACCUCAAUCGACUACUGUCGGGAGCGAAAGUGAUUUGACUACGGAGAGCGUUGUCGGGACCGUUCGGCCAGCGGCACUCCCAGCGAAAAUACCAUCUCCCGAAAUCACCGAACUUCCCAAGGAUUUGACGGCGAGUUUGGACGUUGCGGAGAGCAGUCCCGUUCAGCAGAUCGCGCAGGUUCCCUUCGUGACAGCGGAACCCCAGCCGUCCCACGCGGCGCCUGAGCUCCAACCCAAGUCCGCCGUGACUUCAGAGACUGAACCUACUGCGGCCGUGGCUGCUGUGGCCGAGAAGAAGGAUCUGCCGCUCACAGCUCCAGUCGUUGCUGCAGCCCCAGCUCUCGCUGUGACCCCAGUCGCGCAAGAGAAAUCCCUGGCCGUGUCGAAAGUCAAAGAAGAGUCUCCCUCCACGUUGCCUCCCCCGACCGAGACGAAAGUAUCGAUCGUUCCGGCAGAUGAUGUCAAAACCCCUGUUGCAGUGCAGACCAAAUCGACGGCCCCGGUAGUCGCUCCGGUCGAUACCGUAGAACCGAAGGCCGUUCCUGUCGACAUUGUAGUGGCGAAGGCCGCUCCUGUCGACAUCACAGCGGCGAAGGCCGUCCCUGCCGACAGUGUAGUAGCGAAGGCCGCUCCUGUCGACGAGGCACCAGUCGAUGUCAAACCGGCAGUGGUUGCUCCGGCAACAUCGGCCCCAGUAACUGUGCCUGAGGUUUUGGUUCCUGAGACGGUAACGAUUGGUGGAGUUUCACCUUCAGCCGUCGUGACCACAAUUCCGUUCGUCUCCUCGCCUGAGCCAGUUUCUACACCUGCUCUGCUGCCCAUUCCUACCACAACUUCUAUUCCCUUGGUAAAAGCUCCGUCCCCCGUCGUCACUCCCAAAGUCCCAGAAGCUGGAGUCGCCCCGACGCUCGAGGCUGAGGUUCCUGUUGUUCCCAAGAUCGAAAGUCCAACCGAAAUCGUCAAGCCCAUCCCCGAGGCCACGAUCGAGCCUGUCGUCAAAAACUCAGUCAUAGUGACGUCACCGGCGGUCCUUCCGCCAGUCACGACCCCGGUACCACAAGAGGCUCCGAGCCACGCUCAAGCUGAUCACUCCCCCGCCGAGUCUUCCAUCGCAGCGGUGACCGUGCAGACUCCCGUUCCAAAAGUGACCACCACGACAGAGACUGUUCCUGAAACUACUUCCGUAGCAUCGCCAUCCACGGAGAAACCUGUUGUGAAAAGUCCGGUAGUCGAGCCCGCGAAACCCAUCGAGCAGCUGCAAAGCGCCGCAUCGCAGGAUGCCAAGCCUCCAAGCGGUGGAAUCCAUCGCGUGCACCCAAUCAAACCCACGAUCAUCUUCCCGUCGAAGGCGUCUCCCGCGUUUUCUCAAUCGAUGAAAGUGAUUCAGAGCACUGUUGCUCACUCGGACACGCCUGAAAGCUCAUUUUCCUCGGUUACCUCAACGACAGUAGCCACGUCCUCCGCCAGCUUCACCAAAUCGUCGAAAAGCGAGACAUUCCGUUCUGAACAAAUCGCAAUCACGAGCCCGGUCGUAAUUCGUCCUGUGAAGUCAAUCCUGCCCGUGACCAUCCCUCAGCGGGCCCCCACACACAAUGUCGACAUGGUGUCGGUGGUCAGGACCCAUGUUUAA